GCAGCAGGCGGCGGCUGAUCGCGGCCGGCGCGCUGGGGGUGGUGAUGGUGCUGCUGCUGGUCAUCCUCAUCCCGGUGCUGGUCAGCUCGGCCGGCACCUCGGCGCACUACGAGAUGCUGGGCACCUGCCGCAUGGUCUGCGACCCUUACGGCGGCACCAAGGCGCCCAGCACGGCGGCCACGCCCGACCGCGGGCUCAUGCAGUCCCUGCCCACCUUCAUCCAGGGGCCCAAAGGGGAGGCCGGCCGGCCGGGCAAAGCGGGGCCGCGCGGCCCGCCGGGGGAGCCGGGGCCGCCCGGCCCGGUGGGGCCGCCGGGUGAGAAGGGCGAGCCGGGGCGGCAGGGCCUGCCGGGCCCCCCCGGGGCGCCGGGGCUGAACGCGGCCGGGGCCAUCAGUGCCGCCACCUACAGCACCGUCCCCAAGAUCGCCUUCUACGCCGGCCUCAAGCGGCAGCACGAGGGCUACGAGGUGCUCAAGUUCGACGACGUGGUCACCAACCUGGGCAACCACUACGACCCCACCACCGGCAAGUUCACCUGCUCCAUCCCCGGCAUCUACUUCUUCACGUACCAUGUGCUCAUGCGGGGUGGCGACGGCACCAGCAUGUGGGCCGACCUCUGCAAGAACAACCAGGUUCGAGCUAGUGCGAUUGCUCAGGAUGCGGAUCAGAACUACGACUAUGCCAGUAACAGCGUGGUGCUUCACUUGGAGCCAGGAGACGAAGUUUACAUUAAAUUAGAUGGAGGAAAAGCACAUGGAGGAAACAACAACAAAUACAGCACAUUUUCUGGAUUUAUUAUUUAUGCUGACUGAUAAUGAGUAAAAAGACCCACCAAACCAGUCCAAAAAUGAAGCCUGCUCUUCUAAGUGAUGGAUUUGCGUGGCAAAAGUCAAUGAAACAAGUACCCCAGCAGAGAGCGACCACCAAACACCUCAGUAGCGGGGGAAAAAAGUCAAAUGCUACCUGAUUCACAUCUGUACAACACAGAGAAAUCUUAUGUUAAAAAACGACAAAACAAGCUCAACAGGUGUGCGAUCCACUACCGCCAAAGCAAAUACUUCCUCAUUGUUAGUGUCCAUGUGAAUGAAGUUCUACAUAGAUCAAAUUUUUAUAGGAAAAAAGCCCACCUAAGGACGCUGAGUUAUUUCUUCAGUGUAUAUGAUACUUUGAUGUGUUAUGAUCUUGCUGCUUUAUCCAUACUUCAGCUUUGGUUCUUGUGACUUACUUGCUAACAAUGAUGCUUGGAGUCCACUGAUAGUGUGGUGAGGAAUGAUUUUACAAUAAAAGGAAGAGGUAAUCAAAAUAUAUACUUUCUCUCUGCAAAGAAAUUGUUUGCCUUGUACUUUUCUUACCCUUCCACUUAAAACUAGAAACUAAUCAUCUUCAAGCCUUAACUCAAUGUUCCUGCUUUGUAGGUUUACAUUAGACUUUUAACAUAAAAUCAGUCCAGUGGAGUUGUUUAAAUUUUGUCUUUCCCUUAGCUGUGUUCUAAAAGAAAAAGGAGGAUAGAAGAAACACUUUAUUUUCCCCUGAAAAAUGUAAUAGUUGACAAACUAUUCUGUUGGAUCAAAUCCCUGAUUCCACCAAAGCCAAUGGCAAAACUCCCAUUGCUAUUAGUGGAAAAGGGAUUUGGCUUUUUUGAUUUGUAUACGUGUAAAUAUAUAUUUAGACAAUUAUUACAGGCCCAUUCUUGAUGGUUAGUUGUGUAAAUAUUUAGAAAGCCUAUCAUCCACAUCAUCACACUAAGGUAGAGUGUUUUCUUUGCAGCAAUUAGUUUUCAUUAGUCUUUUAGCACUUAGUCUGUACUUGGGUACUAUUUUUAAUAAAGUAGUUAUGGAUUAAUAUACUGCAGAUGUUCCACUAGAAUUUUGUAGGAAUACAAUGGUUCAAAACCUUAAUUGUCUUAGGUGUCUUGUCUCACUGAAGUUACUGGGAUUCUUCCCACAAAGGAGGAGUGGGAGAUCUGACACAUAAGAAAAUGCUGUCACAUAGACCUUUUCCAUGGAAGCUAGUUACCAGUUUGUAGUAAGGUGUGCCUAUGAGAUGGACGCAGUUGAGCAUAUUACCAAAAAUGAUUAACACAUAUGCAAAGAAAGAAGCAAAUAUUUACAUGCAAAAAAAAAAGUGUGUAUUAAAACUUAUUUUUCUCAUUCAUAUAUGUAUAGAUAUAGAUAUAUAAAAUCUAAAAGAGGUUUAAUCCAUAUAGAGGAUUAAUGGCUUGGAGAAUUAAACUAAACACAGAUACUAUGAGUUACAUAGUUAUAAAAAUGCUUUAGAAUCAGUCAUACCAGUAAUGUCCACAGAAUAUUUUUAUUCAGAAAAUGGAUUUAUUAUUUGUUUUGGUUUUGGGAGGCUGUCUGUUUCUCUCAGGUUAAAACUCGCAGAUUUCAUUCUAAACCUAAAUUUUAGCAAGAUUACUAAAUAGUUCUUUAGCACAGUUGGUUAUGUUAUUUAUUUUUAACAUUUCGGCAAAAUCAAGGCAACAUUUCUAUAAAUCAUUAAAGUAUAAUAGAGGCUACCCCUACCAUUGCUAUUUCAUGUACUUUGCCACAAGCAACCUUGUCUAAUGUACCAAGGGUACAAACUCAGAUUUAUCUGCACUAAAAUGUCUGAAGUGUCUGCCACUGUGACAAAAAAGCUCUCCAGUGCUGGCUGCUCAGCAAAAGUCUGAUAAAGAUUGUACACAUCUCUCUAAAAAUCUCAUCUGAAUAAGUGACGCUUCUCUUAAACGGAGCAUGUUACUCUUUGUUUCUGUUUUGAGUCGUCCAAUUCAAAACAAACGCCGAGUGAGUCUCGGCUGACGGAGAGGAUCACCAGGCAAACUCAUGUAGGGUUUAUAAGGGGACAUAGUGCUGCCAGCUGCUUGUGUAUUAUCCCACCAGAAUGGUUAACGCUCUUACUUUAUGAUGAAGUGCCAAUCUGUAUCUGUACAUUGUAGUGAUUACUCCUGUUUUAUUUCUAUGAGGCAAUUACUUUAAUAACAAAUGUGUAACUGAACUUGGUCUGUUCGCUCCACUGUUGUUUUACUGGUCAGUGCACUCACACAGCAGUGUAGGUAGAGAUCCUCUAUGUAGUGCCACACACCGAUGCACCAAGCUAGAGAUCAUUCACAACCAGCAGUGCGUAUUUACUAAGGUGUUUAUUGGAAAGGCUCAAUACUACAAGAUGUACAUGGUCAAAUUUGAAGAAGCUUUUGAAAUCAGGCUCCCACUGCUACUGGAUAACACCAUUUUUUGAAUAGAUCACAUGCCCUGGAUAAAGUUAGACAAGAGCAAAGAACACGCUUUAUGUAAAAAUCACAUAUAAGGCAAACAUUUCUUCCUUUUUCAUCAUAUCUUGAUAUACUGAUUUGUAAAGACUUAUAUCACAACCUUUGUUAUAACUAUUAGAACUCAUUAAAACUGUAUUAUGUAAUAUA